AUGUAGAGGUUCGAAAGCGAUGUGAAUGCAGAAGGGGAAUCUUAAGCUGCUUACACGAGAUUCGAAUCAUCUCCAUCAGUUGGUCGAUUGUCUGACACACAUGUGGAAAAAUAAACUAUUAUCAAAUCAACUCUAAUUGCUUCAAUUGGGUCCUUCCUCUUUACUUAUGGCAUUUUAGCAUCAGCAGGGAACAAUAUGGCAAUCUUAGUCAUAUUCUUCUUAAGCAUUCUCAUCACUGAUCGACUAACCGUAUUCAAUCCUGCUGUUAGUUUCAUUGACUUACUCAUGGCUAGAAUAGGAUUCCAGGAAUUUAUGUUUAAUGUUAUUGGCUAAGUCGGAGGCAGUCUCUUGGGUGCAAUGGUAUGUUUCUUUGUCUUAGAAGACUUCACGAAUGCACCCUAUUUGAAUGCCAAAAUCGGUGACAAUCUACUUGGAUCAGUGUAAGGCGAAUCGAUUGGCUCUGUUUUAUUUAUGGUAGUCUUGGCUUUGCAAGAGGAUGAUUACUUGAAAUUCUCAGAUGAUAAAUUGGAACAUGCUCUUGUGGUCACUCUAGGAUUUGGUGCUGCUCGUGUCUUGUCAUCUGAGGGAUAGUCACUCUUCAAUCCAGCAUUCGCUUUUAGUUUGGAAUUGUUUGAAUGCAUUCAGGAUGGUUCUUGGGGAAGAUUCGGGUUUUUGUGGGUAUUCACUUGCACUCCUUUCGUGGCAGCAGUUGUAGCAAUAACAUUCAAUAGUCAAGUGUAUAAGAGAUUCUACGACAAGAAAAUUUAAUACGGAUUUUGAUUUAUUAAUUAUGAAUUAAACAAUCACAAAAGAGUAAUAG